AUGGAGGAAGCGCCCUCGCCCUCACUCGCUGCUACGCCUGCGAGCGUGGCAGUGCCCAGCAACCCGCAGCUGUCGAUGCCCUCCGUGGCGACUGUUGCCCACGCUUCGUCCACUGCUCUCUCUAGCGACUGCAUGGCCCGCGUCAACGCUGUCAUCGCGGACGACAUCCGCCAGCUCAGUCGCGAUGACCUUGAUGUGAAGCGGUGGCUGAACACGGCGCUCUCGCGCCUGGUGGAGGCUGCGAAAGAGGUGCCGCCCGCCGGGUCCACCGCGGCAUCGCCAGUGCCCUUCCCGGUUUCAACUGCCCCCUUCGCGUCUGCGACGACGACAUGUACUCGUAAGCCUCUGCACCUGGAAGAGCAGCUAGUGCAGCUCUUGCAUGCCCGCGUGCAGACGCACAGUCAGGAGCUCAGUGCCGGCAUUGAGGAUCUCAUCUCCUCCACCCUUCUGCGGCUGCCGCGAACCACGAUGGAGCUGACGCGCAUGGCGACAGAGGCUGCAGAGCUGACAGAGCAGCUACAGCGCAUUGAGAGCAUCGUCCACCCCGCCAUAGUCGGUGGCUCCGAAGCCUAUGUGACGGAGCUGCAGCUGCGCACGGCCUCGGAGUCAACGCUGCAGAAGUGCAAGCGAUACCUGGAGAAGGCGGCACGGGUGAAGGAGAGCAUCCGUAACCUGCAGUACCUUGUCGAGCACCGCGAGUCGACGAAUAACAAAACAGGAAGCGGCAACGGCAGCGAAGUUCUCAAAGGCCUAGAAAGGGGAACGGACAGCUGCGCCGGCCCGAUCACUGAUGGCAACUCCGUGAAUGGCUCCGCGUCGCCGGGCAAGGCGGCGACUCGGCAUCACGACUUGGACGAGGUCGCCGGCAUUAUCCGCCAAGCUCGUGAAGACCUGAAGGAAAUCACAGCUGUCGAUGACACCUUUGGCGAGCAGUACAAGGCCCAGCUUGAGCAGUUCGAGCAGUAUAUUGAGCACGCGCUCGAGGAGGAGUGUGUGGCAUGCCUUCUGGCUCAUCAGCUCGAGCGUGCUACUCGCCUCAUGACAACCCUUUACAGCAUAGGGCGUGCCGAUGCUGUGUUGACGCGCUACGGGGAGCAGGCGGCGACGCAGAUGGCGGCGAUGCAGCAGGAGAAGCUGCGUGCGUGUGUGAGCAGUGGAGGUGCUGGCGUGCACAGGAGCAACGUGGCCGCGGCGGCGGUGGCGGAGCUGCUUCGCCGCGAGAUCAUCCCGGACGACAACGCCUUCGUGUCGCGUGAGCUUACGUUUCUGUCCAGCCUUGUACGACGCACGCUGGAGGAGGCCCAGGCGACGUCUCCGUCCAAGUCAGGGGGUGCAGGGGGCCGCGGAGCUGCCCAAGAAGCAGCAACGACGACGCGCAGCAAGCCCCCUGAGCCCUCUACCCCCUCCUCAGCGUCGGCCGCAUCAAUACCCGCAGAGGGGACAAGCGGAGGCGGCCAUAUCGCUGUCGAGGACGAUCCCCGCGCUGUGCAGGCUCUGGAUGUUAUAUCCAUCAUCCUCCAUAAGCUCUACGAGCCGGUGCAAUCGACGUUGCAGCCACUGCUGACCGAGCGGCCCGACACGACCAACGCCGAUUUUGUGGCGUGCCUCUCGGCCAUUCAAUUGAUCAAGAUCUCCGCGACGUCCGUGAAGAUGGCGGAACUACAAGGGACGGCAGGGGAGCAGGCCUCGAGCAGCACGGGUUUUGCGACGCCGCUAGUGACGGCGAAGGACCCGUUGGAGAAACUCGCGCGCGAGGUGACGCACCGUGCCCUCGGCCUCUUCGCUGGGCUUUUCCACGAGGAGCGUGUGCUGGACCGGUACGCAGCGCGUGUCUGCGCACCGGUUGCAGCGUUCUGCAAGCAGCCGCUAUCGAGGGUUCUCUCAGCUGUCGCUAGCCCUGCCACCGCUGACGAGCUCGACGAGGACAGCCUGACGAGCGUGCUCACUCAUGCGAUCGAGGAGGUGCUCGUCCACGCGCCGGAGAAGAUUACAACGCGAUGCACGGCUGCCUGGCACGCGUCGCUGGCGAAGAUGCUCGCGCAGCUGCAGCCGACGCCCAGCACGUCGCAGCACACGCUGCUGCAGUAUUUGUACAUCUACAAGCGCCGCAUGCGUCCGCUUGUGAUGAGAGCGCAGCAGAGCGUGGAGGACUGGCUAUCGACGGGCACGGUACGCGAGCGCUACCCGACGAGUGCUGCAGUGCUCUGCACUGACCUGCAGACGCGUUUGUGGGCCCCGCUGAAGGAUGAGGUGGAGGAGGCUCAGGAGUCCAUCGAGAAGAGCAUCCUGAACAGCAUCACGCGGCCGAUCCUCGCCACGGUCGCAGCGUACACGUCUCUGCCGUACUGGGGCGACACGGUAGCCUCAGCCGACGGCUCCUCUAGCUCCACCCCUGUCGUAGCAGGCGCAUCGAAACCCUUGGGCACCUACACGCAAGGACAAGCCGCCCCAAGCAGCGCUGUGCGCAACAUGGGAGAGAUGCUCAUGGAGCUGCCUCUGACGCUGGAGACUCUUGGCUCCAGUGCCGUGGCAGAGUGCCGCCGAAACGCGCAAGGGACUGGCAGCACUGGCAGUGGCGCUAGCGACGCAGAUGCCGAAGAUGGAGUGCGUGCGUUGAUCGAGGAGCAGGCGGAGGAGUGGCUCGGGACGGUAGUGAGCGAUGUGGUGAGCACCUUUGUGAAGGAAAAGGUGUUGCAGCUGCAGAUAGGGCCGUUUGCGUCCGUGCCGCCGUCGCAGCAGCAACAGCAGGAGCACCAGACACAGCAGGCGACGUCAAGCGCGUGUGAGGCGGUGCAGCGUCGCUACACCGCAGCGCUGGAGCAACUGACAACCGAUCUUGACUACGUACGCAACAUCCUCUCCGCUGUCAACGAGGAGUCUCUCGAGACGGUUGAGCGGGUGCUGCGGGCCGUGCAAGCGCUGCCACCUGCCUCCAUGUGUGCGGUCUUCGUAGUGGGCAACGCCAUCCGCAUGAAAACAGUGGAUGGCAGCGCAGCUGGCGAUGCCGUGGAGCAGCAGUAG